ACACUUCCUCAGAAGAAGGCUCCUGGGUGCCUUGAAGACCAUUGUGAAGACUGUUUAGAAGAGAAUGCAUCAAGGAUCUAUUUACUGAGUUUUUCUAGAACAAAAGCCAGGAGCUCGCUAAUGUAACCACAUUAGCGUUUAUUUAGAGGAAGAAAUACAUAGAUUUUCUUUAACAACCGUAAGGUAGAUAGCUUAGUCAAAGAAGUCCAUUUUGGAAGAUGUCACAUAACAGCUCUUCCAGUGCAUUUCUGGAUGCAGUCCCCAGUAAUGCUGCUCGCUUUCAGGUUAGUGUCAUAAAUGAGAACCACGAGAGCAGUGCAGGUGCGGAUGAUGGCACUGACCCUCCACAUUAUGAAGAAACCUCUUUUGGAGAUGAACGUCAAAACAGACUCAGGAUCAGCUUUAGGCCUGGGAAUCAGGAGUGCUAUGACAAUUUUCUCCAAAAUGGAGACACCGCUAAAACAGAUGCCAGUUUUCAUGCACAUGAUUCUCACACAAACACAUACUACCUGCAAACCUUUGGCCAUAACACCGUGGAUGCUGUGCCCAAGAUCGAGUACUAUCGCAACAGCGGCAGCAUUAGCGGUCCCAAGGUCAACCGACCCAGCCUGCUGGACAUACAUGAGCAAUUUGCAAAGAAUGUGGCUGUGGCUCCGGGUUCCGCUGACAGGGUUCCUAAUGGCGAAGGGAUGCCUGGAGAUGAACAGACUGAAGACAAGGAAGAUGAUCAAAGCGGUGCUGUGAAGUUUGGAUGGGUGAAAGGUGUGCUGGUAAGAUGCAUGCUGAAUAUCUGGGGUGUCAUGCUCUUCAUUCGCCUCUCUUGGAUUGUUGGAGAAGCUGGAAUUGGUCUUGGAGUUCUCAUAAUUCUUCUUUCCACCAUGGUAACUUCUAUUACUGGGUUGUCAACUUCUGCAAUAGCAACUAACGGGUUUGUUCGUGGAGGUGGGGCCUACUAUCUUAUUUCCAGAAGCUUAGGGCCCGAGUUUGGCGGGUCUAUAGGCUUGAUCUUUGCUUUUGCCAAUGCAGUGGCUGUUGCUAUGUAUGUGGUGGGAUUUGCUGAGACAGUGGUAGAUCUUCUUAAGGAGAGUGAUUCAAUGAUGGUGGAUCCAGUCAAUGACAUCCGGAUAAUAGGUGCCAUCACAGUGGUGAUUCUUUUAGGAAUUUCAGUAGCUGGAAUGGAAUGGGAAGCAAAGGCUCAAGUGCUUCUUCUGAUCAUUCUUCUCAUUGCUAUUGCAAAUUUCUUCAUUGGAACUGUCAUUCCAUCCAACAACGAGAAGAAGGCCAGAGGCUUCUUUAAUUACCAAGCGUCAAUAUUUGCAGAAAAUUUUGGGCCAAGCUUCACAAAAGGAGAAGGCUUCUUCUCUGUUUUUGCCAUUUUUUUCCCAGCAGCUACUGGGAUUCUUGCUGGUGCCAACAUCUCGGGAGAUUUGGAGGAUCCUCAAGAUGCCAUCCCCAGAGGAACCAUGCUGGCUAUUUUCAUCACCACCGUGGCCUACAUAGCGGUUGCCAUUUGUGUAGGGGCCUGUGUGGUCCGAGACGCCACUGGGAGUAUGAACGACACCAUCAUCCCCAGAAUGAACUGCAGUGGUUCAGCAGCCUGUGGCUUGGGUUACGACUUUUCGAGAUGUCGACAUGAACCAUGUCAGUAUGGGCUGAUGAACAAUUUCCAGGUCAUGAGCAUGGUGUCUGGGUUUGGGCCCCUCAUCACUGCUGGAAUCUUUUCUGCAACGCUCUCCUCGGCCCUGGCCUCCCUCGUCAGCGCACCCAAGGUGUUCCAGGCGCUGUGCAAGGACAACAUCUACAAAGCCCUGCGGUUCUUUGCAAAGGGAUACGGGAAGAACAACGAGCCCCUGAGAGGAUAUCUUCUCACCUUUGUUAUUGCCAUGGCAUUCAUUCUUAUUGCGGAACUGAACACCAUUGCUCCUAUCAUCUCCAACUUCUUCCUGGCCUCGUAUGCACUUAUUAACUUCUCCUGCUUCCAUGCCUCUUACGCCAAGUCUCCAGGAUGGAGACCUGCAUAUGGAAUUUACAACAUGUGGGUGUCCCUUUUUGGAGCUAUUUUGUGCUGUGCAGUCAUGUUUGUUAUCAACUGGUGGGCAGCUGUCAUCACCUAUGUCAUUGAGUUCUUCCUCUAUGUCUAUGUGACUUAUAAGAAGCCAGAUGUGAACUGGGGCUCCUCCACACAGGCUCUUUCCUAUGUGAGCGCUUUAGACAAUGCUCUGGAGCUAACCACCGUGGAAGAUCAUGUGAAAAACUUCAGACCCCAGUGCAUUGUCUUAACGGGGGGACCCAUGACAAGACCUGCUCUCUUGGAUAUAACCCAUGCCUUUACCAAGAAUAGUGGCCUUUGCAUCUGCUGUGAAGUCUUUGUGGGCCCGCGCAAGCUGUGUGUUAAGGAGAUGAACAGUGGCAUGGAGAAAAAGCAGGCCUGGCUUAUAAAGAACAAAAUCAAGGCCUUUUAUGCUGCAGUGGCGGCAGACUGUUUCCGAGAUGGUGUCCGAAGUCUCCUUCAGGCCUCAGGCUUGGGAAGAAUGAAACCAAACACUCUGGUGAUUGGCUAUAAAAAAAACUGGAGGAAAUCUCCCCUGACAGAGAUCGAGAACUACGUGGGAAUCAUACAUGAUGCGUUUGACUUUGAGAUUGGCGUGGUCAUAGUCAGAAUCAGCCAAGGGUUUGACAUCUCUCAGGUUCUUCAGGUACAAGAAGAAUUAGAGAAAUUAGAACAGGACAGACUGGCAGUGGAAGCCACUAUCAAGGACAAUGAAAGUGAAGAAGGAAGCGGACGCAUCCGGGGCCUGUUUAAAAAAGCUGGCAGGUUGAACAUUACUAAACCAGCCCCUAAGAAAGACAGCAGCAUUAACACAAUCCAGUCGAUGCAUGUCGGGGAGUUCAACCGGAAACUGGUAGAAGCCAGCAACCAAUUUAAAAAGAAACAAGGAAAAGGCACAAUUGAUGUUUGGUGGUUAUUUGAUGAUGGAGGGUUGACGCUCCUUAUUCCCUAUAUUUUGACCAUCAGAAAAAAAUGGAAAGACUGUAAAUUAAGAAUCUAUGUUGGAGGGAAGAUCAACCGCAUUGAAGAAGAAAAAAUUUCAAUGGCUUCUCUUCUGAGCAAAUUUAGGAUAAAAUUUGCAGAAAUCCACAUCAUUGGUGACAUCAACAUUAAGCCAAACAAAGAGAGCUGGAAAGUCUUUGAAGAGAUGAUUGAACCGUAUCGUCUCCACGAAAGCUGCAAGGAUUUAACAACUGCUGAGAAAUUGAAAAGAGAAACUCCGUGGAAAAUUACAGACGCAGUGCUGGAAGCAGCCAAGGAAAAGAGUUACCGCCAAGUUCGACUGAAUGAACUCUUACAGGAGCACUCAAGAGCUGCUAACCUCGUUGUCCUGAGCCUUCCAGUGGCAAGAAAAGGAUCUAUAUCGGAUUUGUUGUACAUGGCUUGGUUGGAAAUCCUCACGAAGAACCUCCCUCCUGUCUUACUAGUUAGAGGAAAUCACAAAAAUGUCCUGACAUUUUACUCUUAAAGAUGAAAGAUUAAAACGCAUUUUAACUUUAUGUACAAACAAUUAAGAAACAGGCUCCAGUACUUUAUGUUGUACGUCUGACCUAUGGAUAUUCAAAUCUCUGGGGACUAUUCUGCUGGGUUCUACAUAAACUUUGUUACUUUUUUUUUUUUUUUAAUUAGUUGAUGGGAGCUUUUUUCUUCUUCUUUUAGCAGUUUAGGGGAGUUUCAAAGCCAGUGCUACCCCUGGGGAGAAAAAAAACAAAACAUUUUUAUCACUGAUGUUGAGAAACAAGUAAGGAAAUUAAGCAAACCUAUGCUGGUUUAUAUUCAUGAAAACCACCAACUUGAUUGUUAGCUUCUCCAGGAAAACUUAAUCUUUUGUUCUACAGUGUUUGCUUCCAGAACCUGAAUAGGCCUCAGCCCACAGCAGGUUCUCAAUAAAUGCUUAUUGACAGGCUGGUAUAGUAUCCACGGGGGGUUAGCAAAGAUAAAGACCAACUUGGUAGGAAAUGUGAUUAUACUUAGCCUCCUGAGAGGCUUAUAUCUACAAAGAAGAUUUGAAAAUCAAUAACUGAAAACUUUAUGAAGUACUUCAGUCGACAAAAUGCUACAAAAUAAGGUUUUUUAAUGUAAUACAGAUUAUAUACUUAGAGUGAUCUGAGUGAUCAUUAAUAAUACACGGUUUCAAUUUGCUGCUGACUGAAAAGUAUGUUAGCUGGAUUAAAAGAAAACAUACAUUGCAAUUAAAUGAAAUAUAUUCUAUUCUUAAUAUAUAAACUUUUGUUAUUCUUUCUACUAAAUCUUUUGAAAUUUUCAUUGUAGUAUUACUCGACGUAUUUUUUUCUAAUUAAGUGGUUAGCACAGAUGAAAUUUAUAGAGCUCUAAUGGAAAUGCAAGUACCACAAAUUUUCAAACCAUUAUAAAGAAAUAUGUCUUGAAUCACACAGUUACUUUAUAUAGUGAUUAUAUAGGUUUAAAAGAAUAAUUAAAAUGAGAAAGGAGGAAACGUGCAGAAUUUGGAAUACACAGGUAUUGAUUUUUCUUGUUUGUGUUAGUUUGCCUGUAAUAAUCGCAUUGAGAAAACAAAAAUUGUUCUGAUGAAUGGCUUGAUUUUUUUUUUCCUGAUAUAUUUUGACUGUUUAUUGUAACUGAUGAAAUAUAUGGGAAAAAAAGAACCUGAAAUAAAAGCGUUCAAAUU